UAAACGUCCGCGCAGUUUAGAAUCGACCAGCCAAGCGCAAAGGUGUUGCAAGGUGUUCUACCGGUGCUCGGUGAUCAGGAGUGCGGCUCAGUGUAGAAGGAAGCCUUGAAAUAUAUAGCUUUGCAGUAUAAAUACAAAUAGUAAUAAGAAUCAACGCCUGCGAUGCAUCUGCUAAUACUACAAGCAGCUUUUCUUGUGAUCUGCUGGUCUCAAGUGGUCAAUGGUCAUGUGUUCGGCUACUCGGAGCCCAAUCAGAGGCGUUGGGCGCGUCAUCACGGACACUGCGCGGGCAAGACGCAGUCACCCAUAGCCAUAUCCUCCAGCCAUACAAUACCCAUACACAUGCCGGCAGUGGAUAUGAUUGGUUAUCACAAUCUGCUGCCAUAUCCGCUGAAAAUGAUUAACAAUGGCCACACGGUCACCAUUGGCAUACCCAAGCUAAACAGCAGCGAGGAGCUGUACGAGUUCCUGCCCUAUAUACGGGGCGCUAAGCUGCCCGGCGAGUUCGAAGUGGAGGGUCUGCAUUUCCACUGGGGCGAUAAGAACAAUCGUGGCUCCGAGCACGUCAUCAACGACAUUCGCUACACCAUGGAAAUGCAUAUUGUGCAUCGCAACAAGAAAUAUGCAACGCUGGGCGAGGCGCUCAACCAUCCCGAUGGUGCGGCGGUGCUGGGAUUCUUUUUCAAUCUGGAUGAAGACGAGGGCCAGGGACUGGUUACCAUCAAUCGUCAUCUGCACCUGAUCGCCGAAGCCAACCAGGAGGCAUCUCUAAAUGUCACAUUUUCGCUAUCCUCGCUGAUUGCCAAUGUGGAUGUGGACAAGUUCUACACAUACAAGGGCUCGCUGACGACGCCGCCCUGCUCGGAAGCCGUCACCUGGAUACUGUAUCCCGAUCCCAUACCCAUAUCGCCCAAGCAGAUCUCUCGUUUCCGCCAGCUGUCCGACACUCAGGAUGGCGCCUUGGUGGACAAUUUCCGAACGCUGCAGCCCGUCGGCAAUCGCCGGAUCUUUGCGCGCACCGGACACGUGCGUCACACAUCGAUUGCGGCUCUGAAGCACGAGGGCGACUAUCUCAAGUACGAUUGGUUCUAUUGAGUGGCCAAGCUGUGUGGAUGCUCAGUGUGCCAUGCUACGUUAGACUAGUCUAAGUCUAAGCAAUUAGUUCAUUUUGCAUUUAUUAUUUAAUUGUAAGCUAAAAUCCUCUCAAUAAGUAAAUAAUGUUAUGCUGU